GUUAGAAGAAGCAGAUGAAGACCGCAAGAAUGCCUAUGACUCAAUGGAGAAACGCAGGGCUGAAAAUUAUGGCCUCAAGAUGGAGCUUGAAAGGGAGAAGUCUCGUUACCGUGAUGAUCAGGCUAUGUGGACAACAGAGAAUGAUGAAUUGUCCAAUAAGGUUGAAGAUCUCAAGAGUGAUAUUAAACUGAAUGAAGAGGCGCUAGCCCAUGCUAGUAUGCAAUAUAAUGUGCAGUUGAGUGCAGUGAAGACAGAGAACUCUGUGUUAGCCUCAAACCUGGAGAAAGAGAAAGCCGCAAGGGAAAAGUUUGAAACUGAGUCCACAUCUUUGAUGACCAGGUUCAACCAAGCCAGUACUGAGCUAGACAGAGCACAACAAGCACGCAAUGAACUG